AUGUCGAAGGCCGCGCUGAGCUGGCCGCUCUCUUUCCUCGGCGUCAGUGCCUCUCUCAACCUUCACCCGUCCGUCCCAGACUAUGUCAUCGCCGCUGUGAGAGAUCGCAUGAUGGUUGACCACGACCAGCUCCUCCCUAAACAGGUGGCGAUGCCUGUGUGCGACUCGCUGUCCGGGCCCUUGUGUCCGCAUCUCUCGACUCCGCGCGUUGUUCGCCGUGAGACUUCCGCCUCGUUUUCGGAGUCGUCGCGGCCACCCGAGAAGAGCCAAGACGCCGUCUUUGCCGCCGCACCCUCGACCUCCCCCCCGGGAGAGGCCUUCCCUCAGAAUCCGGACUUCUACUACGCCUACGUCCACCGCGUUCCUCUACGUCUGCCUGUCUCUCCACCCUCGCGAGACGACUACCCAGACAGAAGUUCGCCUCCAUCGGCUGUCGCCGACUCCGGGGCGGGGGCUGUCACUUCGCCUACUUCGUCUCCCUCCCUCGCUUCCUCGCUCCUGUCCUUCGCGGCCUCGUUCUUCUCUGCGUCCCGAGACGAAGCGCCUGCUGCGAAUUCGUCGGCCUUUGAUGGCCGCCCCACGCCCUCGACAGACGCGGCUGUCUCCCCCUUCGUCGACUGGCGAUUCUCUUUCAUUUCGCGCGAGAGGCCGAAGCUGUGUCCGCAAGCCCUGAAACACCACCCCGAGCGGUUCUACUCCACGCGAGGCGAAUUUCUCGAAAACGCCAUCGGCGACGUCUCCUCCUCCACGGCUGUCUCCGAGGCAAUCGCGUCAGCCAUCGGACAAAUCGGCCUCGGCCGAAAAACCCUCGACGAUAUUUGGCUUUCUUUGCCCCUGGGCUCUCUUCCUGCGCCUGGCCGUUCCCCCGCGGCCGCCCACGCAGUUGAAAGCUCCGCGCUGCCUGACUCCGCGGCCGAAGCGCAACGCUUCGUCUGCUUCGUGAAGAAACGCGGACGCUCCGAUCGGAAUGCAUGCGCCCUGGCCGCCGAGUUCCCCGAGCUGCCUCCUUCUCUCCUCCCCACCGUGGAGCCGUUUCCUCGCAGCUGGGUCGCCACGAGUCACAUCCUCACCUUCGACAAGUCCACAGCCCCCUUUGCGCAGCCGUUUCUCGAGACGGACUACGCCAGUGGCCUCCCGGCUGACGCCGAAACUCACUGGGAAGGCAUCUGGGAAGUCCUACCUGUGACCUACGAAGACUCCGCGAGCGAACGUGGACGCCAAGGGGGACUGGGGACGGCUUUUGCGUCGCCUGCCUGGGAGGACCUCGCCGGCUCACCAGCCACGAUCCCUCCUUCCCCGCCCCGUUUCUACGGAAGAGGCGACCCCGCACUCUUUCGGGAAGACGAGGAGACAGAACCCGGCGAAACCGAGUCGACCCCCGACGCCCUCCAGGACAAGCGCUCUCCCUCUGCUCCGUCUUCCCCCUCUGCUGCGUCUUCUCCCUCUGUUCCGUCUUCUCCCCCUGCUCCGUCUUCUCCAUCUUCUUCGUCUUCGCCUUCUGCGUCUGCCGUUCCUCUUCCGCGGCGUCGGAGGCCGCCGCAGCCUCUGAACACUGUCGCGGUUUUGUCUUCUGCGGAAGGAACGUUUGAGCACGGGACGUCCUUUGUGGUUUCCUCGAUUUGGAUUCAGGCGGUGAGGAACCCGUCUGAGUCGCGCGCGCUUCAGCGGCUGUUGCCGCGGCUCCUGUUUGUCGUGUCGGGCAUCCACGAAGACAAGGAGGUGUUUUCUGCGCAGAUUCCUCUCACGUUCCUCGCCUCGCGGACGGACCUCGCGCUGCCGCGCCCGCAAUCGGCCGUGCCGUCUGAGGAGCCGGCCGAGUUCGCCUUCGUCAAUCUCCUGGACUUCCUGCCCUACACCGUCACGCCGUGGACCCGCGUCGAAGCCCUCAAAUUCCGGUACGCGCUCCGCCCGCCCGCCCCGAGCCUCCACGGCUCCCCUGCAAACGCCCCGGGGCUCCGCGCAGGCUCGACUGCGCGCGGAGCGACUCUCGAACCGCUGCUCGCCUCCACGGUCUCCCAGAUCGCGUACAAAGUGGGCGUCGGCGGCCUCGUCGUGCACGUCGCUCAACGAAGCAACGGCGUGCGAACGGUGUACUACGUGGAUCGAAAGAGUCCGGAAGGCGCCGCGAUGCUUCGUUUCUUCGAGGCGAAGAGUGCGCGGCUGGCGCGGGACGGAGAGAGAACGGGGAGACCGGAGGGGCCAGCAAAGACGCAGCGGCGUUCGGAGGACGCGGACGCCCCAGAAGGCUCCCUCGGCCUUCCGACGUUGCUCUUCGGCGACGACGCGCAGCCGCCCAGAGACAGAAGCGAAGGCGAGGACCCGAGCGUGGACGGUGCAUUUCGAGAGGCGGUCGGCGACGCAGAGAGCGGCGGGAAGAAGUUCGCGACAGACACCGACCUCGACUUGAAACCCAAAGGCGAGCGCGGACUCCAGCUGACGCGGGAAAAGGUCAAACGCGCCAUUCGAAAUGUCGUCCUGGACAUUCUUCGGCCCGCCCUGGAUCCGAAAGUGUACAGGCGGGUGUUGAGUUCGAUGGCCCCGCUGUCUCCAAGGGCGCCGGAGAAACUGCAGCCGCUCAAGACGCUCGCGGCGACGCUGCCGUCCUCGCGCGCGGCUGCGGAAGACAAGGAAGAGGCUGAGGACGGCCUGGUGUACGCAGCAGUUAUGCGGACCCACGGCGACGGCUCCGGCGAGUUCCUUUGGCAACAAGCCGGCGACAGCUCGGCCGGAGCAGCCGCAUACGCCGACGAAGUUCGGCGGCAGAAGCGCCGGCAGCAGCGACAGAGCGGCAGUGCGGCUCGCGAGAAAGAAGAGUCUGAGAAAGAAAAGGGCGAGAACGAUGAUUUGGGCCUUGUCCGGAUCGGCGACGAGUUCGGAAAGGUCGUCCUCACUGCGGGCACCAACUCGAGUGUGGGGACUACGGGAGGCAGCAACCGCAGGCUGCCUCUUGCGAAAUACGACAACCUAAACAACUCGCUUGUCGACUUGCGCCUUCCCGCUAAAAGUGUCGGCGUGUACAUCCAGGAGGUCCCCGUCGAAGCCCCGCUCCUCUCCUUCAGUCAGGCCGACAGCCUCGGCCUCGUCUUCUGGAGAAGAAUCGGCUUCGACACAGAAGGGAAAUACCGAGACUCGACAGCGAACGUCAGCGGCGCUCUGUUAGCCGAUGUGAAGUCAGCCGUGUCGCAGGCCUUGCAGUCACUCGGCGCGAAAACCAAGGACGGUUCUCGCGCCAGUCCCGACGGCGCUUCCGGAAAGCCUUCCGCCGACGACAAAAAGGGAAAGGACGGCGAAAAGACAGGCGGAAAGGCCGGCCAAAAGGGAAAAGAAGCCUCCAAGGCGACUAGCUCUGUCAAGGGCGUUCUCGACACGAUUCUCUCGAUAUACUCGAGUAUUCAAGACCAACUCUCGGAUGCAGGGAAACGCGGAACAGGGCGUCGGUCGUCUUCGCGCGCAUCCACUCCACCCGCCGAUCCAGCUGCAACUGAAGCGCGCAAGGACGAACAGCGAAAGUCGCCCAGUCCCGUUCCUGGGACGAAACCUGCACACGCCGAUGCCAACCCGCACUCGCGACUUCACACGCUUUCAGCUUCUGGGGGGAACAGCUUGCCUUCGUCGGCGACAACUACCCCGGAGUUAGCUGAAGCGGCGUCUUCUGGGGGCUUGGCGUCCGUGGAGACUCCUGACGGGAGAGGUUUGCCGUCUCCGGCGAACGCCGUCGGUGACCCCGGUACGGGUUCGUUUCAUGCGAGCUCACCAGGAGACGCGGGAACAGGCGCACUGCCGCCGAGAUCGCCGAACGAUCCACUGCAUCUGUCGCCAGGCAGCGGCGGAAAAGGACGAGGAGCGGGCGUCGGGCAGCCUGAAGCUUUUUCUUUUUCCGUAACAGAUUUGAACAAAGCGACGAGCCAGCACGCGGAGGCGAAAAAGAAGGACGACCGCAAAGGGACGAAAAACGAGAAACCUGCGCCAGAGACGGAAAAGAAGGGAAAUGGACGUGGCAAGGGCGCGAAUGAACAGCCCUUUGCUUUGGGAUUCAUCGUGGGUCCCGACAAUCAACUGCGGCCACUGACUGUGGGGCCGGACGGGAACGGACCAGGCUUGGUUGGUCCAGAGCAGUUUCACGACAUGAUCCAGUCCGUGAUGCGCGAAGUGAACAUCCCGGAGAUGGCGGCGAACUUGGCGCACCAACUCGGCGUGGUGCAGGGACCGAAUCUGUCCAUGGGGCAGGCGGCGCAGGCGCUGGCAACGCACCUCGAGAACCGCCCGGGCGUGUCCGAGCCAACUUCACAGCUCGGCAAGCUCGCAGCGAUGCUCGCCUCGCAACUCCAGAACGCGUCAAAUUCCACGAUGCCCCAACAAAAGGAGCCUUCCCCGUCUGCGGCCGCUGCGCCGCCCCCCGUCAGCCCGCCUACGGACUUCUCGGCUUUUGAGCGGGUCGCCCGCGAGUUCACGGCGCAGCUCUUCUCUAAGCCGAAGGGAGGGCUCGAUGCAGGGAAAGGCGGGACGAAGGCCGAGGAGGCGCGCCAAGGGAAAGGCAAAAAGAAAGAUGCAGCGCACCCCCACCCAGCCCCGCCGUUUCCGCGCUCUCAGCCGUUCGCCUUUGCGAGCUCAUUCGCUGGCGGCAAUGCUCCCGUCCCGGACUUGGCGCAGGUCCAGGCGGCGUUUCAGGCGUUUAUGGGGAAUGCAGCCGCGGGCGCGUCCCCGCUGGCGGAGUUCCUCAAUCCUUCGCAGGGAGGCGGCCCAGGCGGAGCGCCCGGAAACAGCCCGCCUGGAGGCUUCGACUUUGCGAAUCGGGCUCAGAACAUGUUUGGCAGAGCCGCGGAGGCUCAGGGUGGCGGAAUGCCAGUCUUUGCGGAACUCCUCGCUGGAGGAGCGCCUUUGAAUCUCAGCGACUUGCUGGGGCAGCUCGGCCGGCCGGGAGGGACCGCGACAGACGAGGAAGCCAAACGCACGAGCAAAGCACAUCCCAAGUACCGCUCGGCGAAACAGAAUAAACACAAAAUACACGGGAACCCCGCGGCCCCGACAGCUGCGCCAAAUGCAUCCCGAGGCACCAAAGAUGAAGUCUCUUUGGAACCCGAAACUGCGGUGUCGCCGCCACCAACGCAGGCCGAGAAUUCGGAGUACGUACACGAAGCUCCUGCCUCGUCUUCCGAUACCGUCAAUGCCGCAGGCGCCCGGCCGGGCAACGCGGGAGGCAUCGCAGCUUUGUCCACGCCGGAAGUGACACGGGAGACAGUCGAGGAGUUCCCAAGUCGCCUUUCGGAGUCGAAUCUGGAAUCGAAUCGUCCGACCGCCGUAUCCUCGCCGGGGCCUGACGGUGGAGACGCACUGGCUUCGCCGCAGCCCCCGCAGACAGGUUCCGUUUCGCCGGCUCAGCCACAAGGUGCGGCUGCCCAAGCAGUCGUGCGCAAUCCAGAGACUUCCGCUGGAUGGGUGCAAGGGGCGAGCCCUGCGGGAGUUGACCGAAACGCGGUCGAGAACCAGAGAGCGGAACCUCGGGCGCCUACAGGGUCGCCGCGUGUCCCCAAUUCGGGGGUGUCCAGCGAAGAACCCGCCGCGGGCCCCGGCUUAACAGUGGGGGAGGAGGCGCCAGUCGCCUCCCUCGAGGAAAGCCGAAAGAAGCUGGAGGCGCUGCGGAAGGCCACAAGAGCAGAGGAAGCCGCAAAAAAUGCCGCAGGACCGCAGUCGUCGGACGCGCCUGCAACCGCCUCGACGGAUCGACGCCCCGCUGUCGGGACAGCGCCUUCCCCUCGGGCACUUCCCCUCCACCUUCCCGCGCCUCAGCCCGCUCCCGAUGUCUCCGAGCCUUCGACGCCUCCUCCCGAGCGCGUGGAACGCCCUGCUGUGCCUGGAGGGCCGACCUCCAGCGUGGCGGCGCCGCUGCACCAGGAGCGGAGCUGGGCAGAAUCGCCCUCUUCCGGCCUACGCGCAUCAGAGAUCAGCAGCGGGAAAGUGCGCGACAGAACGCCUUUAUCGCCAACUUCCUCCGACGCAGCUAGCGCGCCUGCGGCUCCGCCUGUUCCCUCUUCGUCUUCGACCCGUGUCUCCUCUCCUUGGCCGCCUGCGGCUGCUACCUCGGCGUCUCCUCUGCCGCACUCAGGCGUUCCAGCGCAAGGUGACCAAGCCGGGACUCGGACAAAUCCCCUCCCUGAGGCGUUCCAAGAGACGCCGGCCGAACAGGAAGAAGUGCACCCUGCGGCAGACAAGGACAGUGACGCCGGACAGCCGCCUGCCUCGGGAAAAAAGGAGACGGAGGCGCCGCCGGUGUUGCCCGCCGCGUCCGUCUUCUCCAUUUGUUGUCUUCUCCUCGGCCUCUUCGUCUUCGCCUGUUUGGCCUCUGCAGGCGGGAUCGGCGGCGGCUCUGUUUUCGUCGCCCUUCUCGUCGGCCUCGGGCGCAUGCAUCUUGCCUACGCGAUUCCCAUCAGCAAAGUGAUGGUUUUCGCGGCUUCCUUCGCCAGCUUUGUCUUGCAUCGGAAACUCGAGCGGCAAACUGCCGAAGACGCUCGGGCAGUCGCACAGGACUGGGCGGACUUGCUGGUCCCUCUCGCGCUGUCGGGAUCCCUUGUGGGCGUCCUCCUCAACACCAUUCUCCCGGUCUUCCACCUCUUGCUGCUCCUCUCAUGUCUCUUGCUUGGUCUCUCGGCUCGCACCAUUCUGUCUGCGAUGCACAUUUAUAAAAAGGAAACGUCUCUCUCCGUCCAACAACCUUUCGAAGAAGUCCUGCUCCCGAGCCCGACAACCUCCCCUCGCCGCUCUGCGUCUUCGGCCCUCUCCCCAGCGUCCUCCGCCGGGACCUCGCGCACAGCUUGUCCGCGGGAUUCGCGUCUGCCGGUCGAUGCGCCUCGGCGGACCUUCGCUGUUGCUGCGUCGCACUGCACAAACCCGCCGUCCCCCACGCUCUUCCCGGAAGAUGUCCGAGACCUUGAGGAGGCGCGCGCGUCUUUCCUCCAGGCGAAUGGAGACGGCGAGGACGGCCGAGAGCCCCUCACACCUGCGCCAGGCGCGCUGGAUGUCGCCGUCGCCCUCCCUGAGGAAGACGGCGGGUCUCGUGGCGAAGAGACACCCGAGCCCGUGAGGCCUGCACGCCAGCGGGGAGAAGCUGGAAAUUCGUCCUCACCGCGCGAGGCAGCCGAGGACGUUCUCGCGUUGGAUGAAGCGGCAACGUUGAAACGAAGGCAGUCGGAGUGUCUCGGCUCGUGGCCCGAGAACGGCGCCGCGUUCGAUAGAGCCCAGGCGAAGGCGCCUGGCGGCGGAGGGACCGACCGGAGACGGGAGCGGAACGGCGACUGGAUCCCGUUCGCGGACGGGUUCGAGGAUCCCAGCUGGGAAGCGGCCCAGAGGCGAGGCGCAGGCGGGCAUCAGGGGGACGGCGAGGGGAGCGCGUGGAGACAGUCAAGUGAGGGGGGCGAGAGAGACGGCGAGGCGACACUGCACGGGGCGCGGCGGGGCAGAAGAGUGGACGAUGCCGGGAAAGAAGAGAACAGAGGGUCCAAAACGGGGAUGACCGAUUCCCGAGAAGAGAAAGAAGCACGUGGGAACUUGGAAAGCUCUCCAGCGCCCGACGCGGGUGCCGGCACGGUGAGUGGGGGUGCGUCGUCGUCGCCUUCGUACCCGACCUUCCCUCGGUUUUACUCGUUGGAAGACGAAGAAGAUCUAUCCCACAUCUCCUCGUUCAUGAAUCAAACAGAGGUAUCUGGCGAGGAUGCAGCGCGAGGUCUUCCGGGCUCCGGGACGUUGUCGACGAUGGCGCUCGACCCCGCCCUCGACUCCGAGCUGCUCGCGGCCUUCCCCGCCGCAAGGCGCGCGCCCAAGGGGCCGCUGUCCACAGCCCUGCAUUUCCUCCGUUCGGCCUGCGAAGGCAUCGUUUCUUCCUCUGUACCCACGACCGAGGAUGGGGUGUCUCCCUCGGCUUCCACGCAAACGAUCGAUCCGACGCUGCUGCUCCCCGCCACGAGUCGCGGCGCCGGGGCAGUGGACAGGUCCAGGCUUCCCCCCUUCGCGUCCACGGAACAUCUGGCCUCGUACCGGAGUGUGUCCGGCGAAGGCGCGGACGUGGCUGAGCAGGGCGGCCGCGAGACAGGCGACGCAGGUUUCCGUGGCAGAGAGUCUCUGGCUGUGGCGACUUCCGUGCGCUUGCUGCGAGUGGCUGGGGGUGCGCCGGGCGUUGCCUUUCGGUGUCCGGCGAUCGCGGGGCGCUUCGCCCGGCUUCGCGCUUCUCCCGGGUACCAGAAGGCCCACAAAGCGGUCUUGCAGGUCGAGCGUCUCUGCUUCCAGGGACCCGCCGACAGUCCUCACUACUUUGUGCUUCUCUUGUUGCUUCUGGUCAACGUCUUUGCGAGUUCGCUCCUGCAUCUGCUCCUCCAGCACGGAAACCGCCGCGCGGCGGCGGUGAUAGCGGCGCUCGCGUUCCUGCUCGGGCUGUCUGUACAGCUCCGGCUCUCUGUUUUGAUCUUCAGAAAGCACUUUCCGGCCGGAUCUGCGCCACCGGCUCCGACGUUCCAUGAGGUGCUCUCGGCGCUUCUGGCCGGUCUUGGGAUGCUGUGGAGCUGUCUGAAACGCCUCGCCAAGGCGACGGGGAAAGCGUCGAGGCUGCUCGCCGAAGGCGCGCAAAGCGCUUUGCGAAGGUCGGGCGUUCUGGCCGCCGCGACUCCCGCCUCCGUAUCCUUCCUGCAGCACGACGCAACUGGGCGAGGCUCCAUCGAAAUCGCAGAGCUCUCCGUCCGGGGCAGGCCGCGAGAGAACAGCGGGAACCCGUUCCUGUGCGCCGUCGGGGACAUCCAGGAGAUCCAGUUGCCCGACGAAACGGGACACGAAGGCAUGGCUCUCGACUUGUCCUCGUUAACGGGAAGUCGCGACGACCGAGGCGUCGCGUCUUGGAGGACGUCAGCCAGCGACGGUGACUCCGGUUUCCAGGAGACCUCGGAGCGUCGCCACCCUCCAGGGGCGGAUCAUGCUUCCGCAACGCCUUCGUGGAUUUCUCUGUGCUUUGAAGGCGAUGGCGGCGCGCCUGUCUCUGCGCUCCCCCCCCUGCUGCUUACGCCGCUUAUCGGAUUCGUGACAGGGAUUUUCGCGGGGCUCGUUGGAAUUGGCGGAGGCGUCGUUUUUUCGCCCUUCCUGCUCCUCAUGGGCAAUGACCCCGUCUCAGCUGUCGCGACAGCGUCUGCGUGCGUGGUCUUCACCUCUGCUUCGACGUCUCUUCAGUUUCUGCUGAUUGGUCGCCUGCCUCUCCUUUAUGCUUCUCUCUUUGGGCUCGUCGCCGCUUCCGCAGCGGCCUGCGCCACGUGCGGAAUCCACAGACUGCGACGCGCCGUGGGAGGAAGAAUGAGCAUCAUUGCUGGCUGUGUCGCCUCUGCAGUCACGCUCGCUUCCGCUCUAACCCUGUGGAGAUGCAUCGAAGUCGGCGUGUAUGGCGAAUGA